AUUUGUAAUUCGCGGUUGUGUUUGUCACAGCUCACGUGUGACCACGAUCCUUCAAAUGAUACAAGAUUGCGUUGAAACAACAACACCAAUGGACUUUAGACUGCUCUUGAAAUAACGCCGAAUUAUUCUUAACACUACUGUGCCUAUAACAGCUAAAAUGGGUAUAUUAUACAAAGACCUGAAUGCGUUUUCGAGAUAUCUGUUGUGCAAAUCUAGACAGUUUUCAGUCAAGUUAACUUAAUUAUAAAGAGCAUGUCAAUGUAAAGAACUGACCUAUCUUCGUUUCAUUUUCGCAAGCUGCUUAAUCUCUAAUAAUGUCUCUUGUGGAAUCUGACGAAAACACUCCGCUUCUCAGAGGCGAAAAUACAAGUGGUGGCGAUGCAGACAGAAGCCGGUGGAGGUCCAUCAGGGUCAUGUAUUUCACUAUGUUCCUUAGCAGCGUUGGUUUUAGUAUUGUCAUUACUUCCAUAUGGCCCUAUUUGAAGAAAAUUGAUAAAAGUGCAGAUGCCAGUUUCUUGGGAUGGGUUGUUGCUGCAUAUAGUUUGGGUCAGAUGGUGGCCUCACCCCUCUUUGGAUUGUGGUCCAACCACAGGCCUCGACGAGAGCCUCUAGUCUGCUCUAUAUUCAUCAACGUCUCUGCUAACAUUUACUACGCCUAUGUCUACCUACCUUCCUCACACAAAAAAAUUCACAUGCUUUUGGCUCGUACAUUUGUGGGCAUUGGAGCAGGUAAUGUAGCAGUUGUGAGGUCCUAUGUGGCUAGUGCCACUUCCCUGAGGGAAAGAACCUGUGCAAUGGCAAACAUGAGUGCCUGCCAGGCUCUCGGCUUCAUACUCGGCCCAGCCCUGCAAGCUGCUUUGGCAUUCAUUGGAGAGACUGGCGUCAAUGUGAAUGUCAUCCAGCUUUGGGUUAAUAUGUACACUGCUCCAGCACUGUUGGCAGCCUUCUUCGGCAUCAUUAACAUUCUGCUGGUUAUAUUAGUCUUGAGAGAGCACUUUGUGGAUGACCAUGGAAAUGAUAUCCGUGCAAUUAACUACACCUCAGAGGAGCAAGUAGAUGUGGCUCCUGAGGCAGAAGGUGAUAUCGACCAGAUCGCAGUGUUCACAUCUAAUGUCCUUUUCUUUGUCAUUCUCUUCAUUUUUGCUGUGUUUGAAACUAUAUCUACUCCUUUAUCAAUGGACAUGUUUUCAUGGACGAGGAAAGAAGCUGUUUCGUACAAUGGUAUCAUAUUGGCUGCCAUUGGCUUUGAGUCCAUCCUCGUGUUCGUGGUUGUAAAAGUGGUCUCGGCACGGGUAGGAGAUCGCCCACUGCUACUUGGAGGCUUGAUUUUCAUAUUUGUGGGUUUCUUUAUCUUGUUGCCAUGGGGAAAUCAAUAUCCUAAAAUACAGUGGGCAGACAUUCAGAAUAACACUAGACUGGCACCCACUCAAUCCUCAAACACGUCUCUGGAGCCCACUGGAUGCCCAUACCAACAGGCCUGGUGCUUGUUUACCCCUGUAAUCAACCUGGCACAGUACAUUACCUCAGACAUCCUGAUUGGAGUGGGGUAUCCCACAUGCAACGUAAUGUCCUACACUUUAUACUCAAAGAUACUUGGCCCCAAACCACAGGGGGUUUACAUGGGCUGGCUGACAGCAUCAGGAAGUGGUGCGCGGACCCUCGGGCCUGUGUUUGUCUCUCAGGUCUACACCAACUGGGGACCCCGAUGGGCUUUCAUUGUCAUAUGUGGCAUAGUGCUAGUUGCAAUCGUAUUUCUCAGCGCUAUGUACAAACGACUUAUCGCCUUCUCCAUACGCCAUGGAAUGAUAGAAGACUAAGAGCAUGACUGACAAGUGCCUCCGCCAACUACUAAAGGACAGUUUAGAGAAGUGAGCCUGACCUAAAGAUGGAAAACUAAGGCCCCAUUUACACUGCAUGGUUCAAGUGACCCAAUUCCAAUUUUUUCCUCUCAUGUGGCACAGAUCGGAUCUGACCGGUGAACGUGUAAGCAGGAAAAAAACGCAUGGAUUCCGAUUUUCUCAGAUCAGGCCUAAUUCAUAUGCGGUAAUAAAUUGGAUAUGAAUCAGAUACGUGCAUUUGUGUGUGCCAGAUAAAUCGGAUAUUCCCCAGUAAGUGCGAGUCGUACUUCAUUAAAAAAGUGACGUCAACUCAGGUGGACACCACCAACUGAGAUCACAUGACUUAUUAUAGGCAACAAGGGCUCUCCUCUUUUUUUCUCAGCCGUACGAGACCAAUGUUUUGCUGAUUUUCUUUUUUGUUGACUUUUCAAAAUAUUGUGGAAAGCAAAACACUGUAUAAUUUUAUUUGCAUCUGCAUCCAUUGUAUUUCGUGCUGUUUUACUUCCUUUUCCGUGUCAGAACGUCUACGUUUGGUAGUUUCAGCAGUGUAUAGUGUAAAUGCAAAAAUUGGAUACGGGUCACUUUUAUAAAAAGUAAGCAUGUCGUCAAAAAUCAUCGGAUUUGGCCAUCAAGACCUGCAGUGUAAAAUGCAGCCUAGGAUAACUGUAUAAAUUGUGGAGCUUUCCAAGCAUAAUCAUGAUUCUGAAGAGGCUUAAGAAGUUGUAAAUAUCUUUAUAUCUUCUAUAUGUUGAACAUAUAUAGUUUACCUUGUUAACCAAACUGUGAAUAUAACUACUAUUGUCGCAAAAUGACAUGGAUUGACACCACAGAAAACUGAACAGUGGCAGACUCUAAAAAGUCCCAUGUGACGGGCAGUAUUAAUGAAUGGCAGCUCAAUGGGUUAUGAAGCAUCGCAGAUUAUGAGGCCUAAAUAUUGAGCGUUUAGGAUUAUGAUUGUUUCGGUUUUAAUUUAUUUUAAUAACUUGAAUUUCUGGCAUUGCUGAGCAUUAACAAAUGUGUCAGGUGACUUAUUAAAAUCUGUAUUGAUGGGACAGGCUUAAUACCAAUGUUAAAGUUUCUUUCUUUUUAAUAACACUAAGCUUAAAAUGUACACUAGGUGCUGAGCAUCUUGACUUGACUUUGGCUGCCUCCAUAAUCACUGGAUAACUACAAGACUACUGUAUUUUAAUUUUCACUCCAAAUGCUCUUUUGUUUGGUUUGUUAAAGCACAUAAAUUCUGAAGCACAGAAUUUCCUGAGAACUGGCAAUUAAUUGUUCCUUUAAUAGUUUUAAAUCGUUUCCAGCUUUUUUGUUCCCCUUUCUUUAAAUACAUUAAAAAUGAUAUUUUACAAGAA